GGGUGUGUUGAGGGAACCAGGAUCAGCCUGGGGCCAGCAUGAGCCAGAGGGAGGGAAGUCUGGAUAACCACCAGGCUGACUCCUCAAUCUCGUUCCUACCCCAUUUGGAGGCCAAGAUCCGCCAGACACACAACCUUGCACGCCUCCUGACCAAAUAUGCAGAACAACUGCUGGAGGAAUAUGUGCAGCAACAGGGAGAGCCCUUUGGGCUGCCGGGCUUCUCACCACCGCGGCUGCCGCUGGCCGGCCUGAGCGGCCCGGCUCCGAGCCACGCGGGGCUACCGGUGUCGGAGCGUCUGCGGCAGGAUGCAGCCGCCUUGAGCGUGCUGCCAGCUCUGUUGGACGCCGUCCGCCGCCGCCAGGCGGAGCUGAACCCGCGCGCCCCGCGCCUGCUGCGGAGCCUGGAGGACGCGGCCCGCCAGGUUCGGGCCCUGGGCGCCGCAGUGGAGACCGUGCUGGCUGCUCUGGGCGCUGCAGCCCGCGGGCCUGGACCAGAGUCCGUCGCUGCCGCAGCCGCCACCCUCUUCACGGCCAGCAGCACUACAGGCGUCUUCUCAGCCAAGGUGCUGGGACUCCACGUGUGCGGCCUCUAUGGCGAGUGGGUGAGCCGCACCGAGGGCGACCUAGGCCAGCUGGUGCCAGAGGGCGUCGCCUGAGAGUCAGUACUUGUUCUUGCAAGCUCUUGGGCUUCUAAUUCUCUGUCUCUCCAUCUGUGUCGUCCAUGCGUGUUCUCGGACUGUCCCUAUCUUUCUGCAUUGUGUGGUCUCUUUCUCUUCUGCUCUCCUCUCCUCAGGGAGCUUCUGGUACCCACCAGUUUCUCAUUUUUGUCUCUUUCUCUCCGGUCUUGAAUUCUGUCUCCCAGAGGUUUCUGUUUUGUUUUCUGGUCUCUUGGUUCUUUCUUGCUUUGUUUGCUUGCCUGUUUGUUUUUGAGACAGGGUCUCACCCUAUAGCUCUGGAUGACCUGAACCUUGCAAUGUAGGCCAGGCUGGCCCCGAACGCAUAGAAACCCACCUGCCUCUGACUCCCCAAGUCCCCCACCUGUCUCCCUGUGGCCCAUAUAGGUAUGUGUAACUCUUAUUUCAUCUCAUGGAGGUGACACUUUUUCUCCCUUCAGUUUCUUUGUUCUUCACUGACCAGAAAAGUGCCUACUUGUCCCCUGGUGGCCAGGCCACCUACCCUCAGGACCGUCCCACCAGUUCCUUUGUAGGAAAUCCCUUCCCCUUUAAGGUCCUUCCCCUUCUUACCUCUCUACUGUGUUCUCAAUAGCCCCCAGCCCUAGGCUGCUCAAUGGAGAGGGAAAGGCAGAAAAACAUCUUAAAGAGUUUUAUUUGAGAAUAAAUUAAAUUUUUGUAAAUAAAAUGUUUAACAAUAAAACUUACAGUUUUAUGAAA